AAGGGUGCAUUACAGCCAAUUUUAGUAUAAUUAACCGAAGUGGUUGCAGUUCAAGAUAUUGGAAAAUUGAAAAAUAAGCCCAACAUGAAUAAAAUUGUCCUUGCUGCUAUCUUUCUCACGAUAGUGUCUAUUCUAUCAGAUGUGCAAUGUCGCCAAUCAAGCCACCGUGAAGCAGAUAACCAAUUGAGUAAAAAUGGUGUGGGAUUCCCUAAAAUGGAUAUGAAGAGGUUAAAGCCGGAAUACCGAGCGGUUGUCCAGAAACUACAAACUUUCGCCAGAAUAAGUGCAAACAGAGCUCAGCGAAUCUCCAAACUUCCUCAAAAGAGAAAAGCUAGAGUCGCAGAAAAGUUCGAGAAAAAAUUUCAAAAAGACUUGAAAAAGAUGCAAUUGAUGACGAACCGACUGCAACAUACCCCGAGGAGCGCCUUGUUAACUCAACAAGUUGGCGAUACAUCCGUUCUGGGUAAACUGCAGGAAUUCAUUAGCAGCAUCAACCAACUUCCAGUCAAAGUUCACUGCUUGAUUUAUGACUGCGGCGUCAUAUUCUCCACUGGAGCUUCGCAGCCAACUACGAGUACAUCUUCACCUACUCCAACUCAAACGACUAAGGGUAGUUCAGAAUAUGAAGAUUCCGAUGACGAUGAUGAUGUUGGUGAGGAUUCCUUUUAGAUGGGUCGUUGGGAAAUUUUAUUAAUUGUCGUUAUCCCCACUUCUUUUGACAACCAUACCAUGCAAAUGGAUUCAACAUCGAUAGCAAUAAAGUAAAAGCUGUUCUUAC